CCGUCCUCUCAGCCUUAUGGCCCCCUUCGUGGUCUUCCACUUCGUUGUCUAUGGUGUAACGAAUCUAACGAUCGAUACAUAUUUGUUGACCCAUUUCUGUCAAGGAAAGUGAAAAACGGAAAGCCCAACAGAAACGAUGAAUUUGAAUAUCAUUGGAGUUUUGUGUGUUGCUUUCGUUAUUGGCGUGCCAUGGGGGUUCAAGUCCUUACUUGGCUUGCUAAUUUUCAUGGUGUUCCUGUUAACAAGCUUUUUGAUUGGAUUUUUGAAUGAAGCACAAUCUUUGUUUACUGCAAGUGUAAGUGUGAUCUUCACUCCAAUUAGUACAACAAAUAGCUUACCUAAAAGAGAGUUCAUUAAGCAGCCAGCUGGACAAAAUUCCAAACUAGGUCUAGACAAACGAAUUUCAGGUUCUAACCUUAUUGAUGAUGCAUUGCAAGAUCUACUUCAAUACAUCAUACGUGACCAUAUUGAAAACUGGUAUGGUGUUAUUACCAAGGAAACAGAAUUUCUAUUUGAAACAAAGCAGUUCCUGCAAAUAGUAGUGAUUAAUGUAUCUAACAGAUGCAAAGAGGUUGAUUGGCUUACUUUCCUUACAACAAGGUUUUUUGACAGUGUUAUUGCUCAUAUUCGUCUCUAUCGUGAAACAAAAAUUAGACUGAGUCAAAAGACAUCAGAUAUUGAAGAUUCUGUCCAAGCGACAAGUGCUAAUUUUGUUGGGACAUUUUUUGAAUUGGAGCAGACACGUGGUAUAAAGAAAAUUGGCAGAGGAAGAAUUGCAACAAAUCCUUGUUAUGAAAAAGAGAGCUUAAAGAUCCUCAGUGGUUUCUUUCUCCAGCUGCUUAGUUCUAAGGAGGAAUUUAAUUGUCGGCCGCUGAACUUGCUCUUCUCUCAGAUUCUAACAGGUGAAAUUUUGGUUCCCCUGAUUGACCUUCUUUCAGAUCCAGAUUACGUUAACCAAACUGUUAUAUGGCUGUGCAAAAACUGUCCAAUUACGAGUGACUCCUUUUUGACUGUGAUACGUUAUACGGAGUUUUUCUCUGAAUUAAAUGCUUCCCAGCAGUUGCUGACGAAAGAAAUUGCGAUAAUGAGGUCACAUGAUUUUGGAGGUGAAGACGGUAUAUUCGUUAAAAGAAGACUUAGUAGUUUGUUGUUUGUCGAUCGUGUUAUUAAAAAUCAUAUUCAAGAACUUAACGAAGGAAAAGAACGUAACUCUAUUGGUUACAAUACGCCAUCCUAUUGGAAACGCUGGGUCGGUAACCAUGAUUUACCUAACGUUGAGUUACCACUAGAAGAUAUUUUGAAAAAUAGCGUGGCACUCUCAUACAUGCUGGAUUUUAUGGCUUGUUUUGAGUCACAAGCAUAUAUUUUCUUUCUUCUUAACGCCGAAGGAUGGAAAGCUGCUGCAGUUCAGCAGAUAUCACAGUUGCAACUCGAAGGAGUUGAAGUUAAAACUGAGUAUAUCCAUUCCAAACAGCGCAGCAGUGACGUUGAUCUUAAUUUGCCUGGACAAAUCUUAAUGAGCUUGCAAGAAUCUGCCAUGGGAAUUUUUACUCAAUAUUUCUCGGAAAAUGCUACCCCAAGUUUGUGUAUCGACGACGUUAUCGUGAGGCGAUUACUCUACAACUUGAAAAACGAGCCGCCUCUUGAGUCGUGGUUUGACGAAGUUAAGUCAGCUGUAACUUAUAAAUUAGAGAAAGAUGAACGGUUUUUGCCAUCAUUCCGGAAAAGUUUCGGGUACGUGCGUAUGUUGGCCGAACUAGACAUGUUGAAGGAAUCCACAAAAGGUGACGACGAAGAUUUGCGUUCAUUGGACGGACACAGCCAUAUGGAUUCUUCUGGUCUGUCUAACCAUUUGGCUGUCAAAGAAAAGUGCUCAAUCGAAAACAUUUCAUAUGGUGAAAUAUGCAACAAUGGAUCUCCAACGGUCGAUAAUGGCACUUUGAGCGCUUCCAUUUGCCAGAAAGGAGUUGUUAAAGAUGGCAUUUCCUCCCACGCAGUGUAUUCUGUUACCGUGGUUAAGUCUCUGGGUGCUAAAGAAAUUGAUUCAUGGGUGGUAUAUCGAAGAUAUUCAGAUUUUUAUGAUUUCCAUAUGCGACUAGAAGAAAGGUUUAAAGCAAUUAGAGAAUUUUCAUUCCCUGCCAAACGGGCUUUCAACAACAUGGAUAAGUUGUUCUUAGAACGUCGACAGUACUUACUCAAUGAGUAUCUGAGUAAGUUAUUGAAGCCAGAGUUUUUAAUGGUAAACCCUGGUCUUCGAGAAUCUUUACUCCAGUUUCUCGAUCGAGGUUCUUACGAACAAAGCAAAGGAACCAUUUCUCGCAAGGUGGACAGCCUGAUGAAUCCGUUUGUAAGUUCAAUGCGAAAUGUGACAAAAGUGGUUGGUUUCGAUUCGUCUUUCGUAAAGGAAAACAGCACUAACGAUGAAAUUUUAGAUAAUUUGCAAACUUUGUCCGGAAUACCAUUAUAUGGAGACGGUCAAUUACCUUUGCGAUUUCUCUUGAUUCUAAUGGACGAAAUUUUUGAUCUACACAAUCGUAAUCAAUGGUUGAGAAAAAGAGUUUUCUAUGUUCUCCGGGAAAUUUUGCGAGCAAUGUUUGGAGAUGUAUUCAAUCAGAAGAUCGUUGAUUACGUAGUCACAGCUACGUCCCCGGAACAGGUCGCUGAAUUUAUUCAAGUCAUAAACUGUUCGUUUUGGCCGCAUGGAGUACCUGCUCUGCCUCGCCCUUGUCGUGAUGAAGCAACCAAAAUGCGAACCCGAGUAGCCGCCAAAAUGUCUCUGUUAUCAUUAUUUUCAGAUGAAAUCAAACAUCUCAUAGGCAGCGAAACUACGCGAGAAGGUGUUUUUCGCAUAUUUGAAUUGUUUCAGAAUCCUGUUCUGAAUCGACGACUGUUCUACGUAAUUUUCGAAGCCGUGGUUGAUACCCUGUUUCCUGAAACUAAUGUAGAUGAAUUGUUUGAGAAACUUCUGCAGGAGAACUCCAAUUAAUAUAAGAACAUUGCUUAGUUAAACUUAA